CAGAAGACUGACUUGCUAAUUCUGGCUGGGGUUUUUCCCUCCUGAGCUGUUUUCUCUUUUAUCUUCAUCAAUUGAAGAGAGCUGCUCUGCCUUUCAAACUGUCGAAAGGUAGCUUGGGUUUUGUGUAUUUUUUUUCUCUUCUUUCACAUAAUUCACAUAAUAGGUCUUUUCCCAGAUAUGUAUUUUCUCUCAAGUUAACUUCUAACUUGUUUAAAUUUCCGCCCAUGUGACUUCCAGUGUGAGUUACCAAAAACCACAAGAGAGAGAGCGAGAGCAAGCCCAAAGCGAGCGACAUGUCACUGUGGGGGGCAGUGCCUCUGCACCCCAGAGCAAGGAGGACACAGGGGUCGCAGGUGGCUGUUGGGCGGUCAGAGGAAAGACCUGUGGAGUUGGUGGGCUGGUGGCCCAGGGGGCAGUCGGGAAGGGAAGCCAGCUGGUGACAAGAAAGCCCAGAGGCGUCUGGGGCUGUGUGUUAGAGCCCGGAAGAUUUCAGCCAUGCCUCACAGCUCCGACAGCAGCGACUCCAGCUUCAGCCGCUCUCCUCCCCCUGGCAAACAGGACUCAUCAGAUGAUGUGAGAAAAGUUCAGAGAAGGGAGAAAAAUCGCAUUGCUGCCCAGAAAAGCCGACAGAGGCAGACACAGAAAGCAGACACCCUGCACUUGGAGAGCGAAGACCUGGAGAAACAGAACGCAGCUCUGCGCAAGGAGAUCAAGAAGCUCACAGAGGAGAUGAAGUACUUCACGUCGGUGCUGAAUAGCCAUGAGCCCCUGUGCUCAGUGCUGGCCACCAGUGUGCCCUCGCCUCCCGAGGUGGUGUAUACCUUCCACCAGCCUCACGUCAGCUCCCCACGCUUUCAGCCCUGAGCCUCCUAGCAGAGCGGAAAGAGCAGAGCCCCCACCCUGCUGCCUGGGCAGGCCUCAGGAGGGGCACACAGACUGUGGCCAAGCUGCCCUUGCCCUCUCCAUUGGGACACCCGAAGGUGGAGGCCUAGACAAGGAUUGCACACAAGGACUGUAGCAGCUAGAGGUGUUUGAGGCCUCCCAGCAGGGUGGCAUCCCACUGGGGUGUUGCACCCCCAUGUGGGUGGGAGGCCCAAGCCAGAGAAGAAACGAGCAUAAUGCCCAAGUCCCCCAACACAGAGGGAGGAGGACAGGGAAGGGUUAUUUUUCUAAAUAAAUGUUGUAAAA